AUGCAUUCCGUCUACAUCCGUACAUCCAUCAGGAAGCAAUCAGAUCUUCCUACGUCAUCUGGUGGCUUUGCCGAUGUCUGGAAGUGCUCAAUGAUCAUCAAUCCAGCAACUCUAGCAACUUCUAUUGAGGUUGCUGUCAAAGCUAUCAGGGUUACGGACAUACGCAACGAAGAAGCCGUCCAAAAAGCGAAGAAGAGGCUUCGCUGCGAAGUAGCCGUGUGGAUCAAACUGAGGCAUGCGCAUGUUCUCACUCUUCACGGCACGGUCUCCGGUUUUGGAUCAUUGCCUGGUCUUGUCUCUACAUGA